GUGGUGGCGGGGGGAGGCUGGGCUGCAGCCGGGGAACGGGGCGAGCUGCUGGCCUGCCCCGCCGGUGCGGCGCCAGGACCUGGGCCCGGCUGCGGGCCGCUCCUUCCGCGGGCUCCGGUACUGCGGGGGUGGCUCUCGGGGAAGGGACCCGGCUCCCGCUGCCCGGGCACCGGCCGCUCCGCCGCGGGAGCCAGGCGGUGCUCGAGCGGCAGCUCGGAGCUGGCAGAAGGAACGCGCCGGUGGAGCCGGCGGGGCUGGCCCCACGCUGCCCCGCGGCCUGGCCCCGGCUGGGCAGCAGCGCUGCUCGGGCCUGAAACACCCUGGCCCCUUCCACGCUCGCCGCUGCCUUCCCCCAGCCCUGGUGCCUGGCCCUGUGUUCGCGGGGGGUUGCUGUCCCUUUUAAGCAGCUAGAGAAGUUGCACAAAACCAAAUCAAGAAGCCUGGGAAAUAAUUUUAUCCGUUUUGCAAAAGCCUGGGGCUCUGCCGAGGUAGCUUGCUGCUUGUGCACUCCGUUUGAUCUGAGCUGGUUUAGCCCGUGUGGCUGGCAGGCUGCGUAGGAGUCCUGGGGAGACGCUUACACGGCACUUGCGAGUAUGGGUCUGUGUUUCAAUCAAAUAGAAAUACAAGAAAUCCCUCACCUCUGUAGAGCUUAGCUCACAGCCUUCAGCACUCUUCCUGGAGACCAUUCAAAUUCACAUUUCUCUUUCCUUCAGUGGGCCGUAAGCCUUGUCUGCUGGCACGAAUCAGAGCCGUUCCUGCAGAAAGAAAAAUGAUUUAAUGUGCUAAAUUCCUAUCUUACUUCCACCCUUUUUUUCUUCUUUUGGAAGGCAAAAACCUCUCACGUAACUGCUGGGAGUCAGAGGGGCAGCCUGCCCUGCAGGGGAGGGAUGACUUGGUGUGACUGGAGCCAGCCCUCCUCAGUGCCAGGGCAGAGCUGGGCCCUGUUCGAGGAGCUGCCUGGGCACGGUGGGAGCUGUGAGGCUCUGCAGGGCUGGAUGUUGGGUGAUUGGGUGGAAUGGCCUGUGAAUGGGCUUUCCUCCAUGUAUGCAUGUAAGAGAGAAAAAGAAAAAUUCCAUUUCUGGGUGGGAGAAAAGAAUUUUCUCUUGGAGGUGGCUGCCAAGGACAACAGCAGCUGGAGGAAGGCCAUUGUUUCAUGCUGCCGUAAACCUCACUAGGCUGUGCAGGAAGGAUCCAGCAGGCAGCACGGAGUUUGUGACCAAGUGCUCCACUUAAAAAAAUGUACUUUUUUUCUUUUUGAUAGACGUAUGUGAAAUGACCACAGCCUCUUCUAAAGGGUUUUCAUGCACUGAGAUCUUUCCAGAGCCCCUGUGGUGUUAGAUCUCUGGCAGUGCAGAGGAGUUGCUGUGCUUCUGACACAAGCAGGGGAGCCCUGUGGAUGAGGCAGGGACAUCUCUGACGUCCGUCAGUAAGGUUGAAGGGAGAGAAGGGUGUCUGAAUACUGAUGAAUGAGCUGUGAUGGAUAACAAAGACUCGGAAGCUGAGAUCCACCCUCUGAAGACUGAGGAUGUGAAAGCCCAAGAGAACCAUGAAAACUCUGUGGAGAGAAGAAUUGUCAGCAAGCAGUCAUCACGACUGUCUCGGCUGUCCCGGUGGCGCACUGCUGCCUUCUUCAUCUCAUUAUUUCUGUGUCUGAUAAUUGUGUUUGCUUUCUCAUUUAUCAUUCCUUGCCCAGAGAGGCCAGUUUCAGAAAGAACAUGGUUCCGAAACUACGAUAAUGCAGUGGCCUACCAGUUUCUUGCUAUGGAAGAUGUGAACGAAGACAGAGUGCAAGAUGUCAUCUUUGCUUUCAAAGCUAACAAUGGCAGCAGCAGCUUCAACAGAUCCUGCCUGGAUGAAGGUCUGCCUUCUCCAUGUGCCUUCAUCGCUGCCGUGUCUGGCACGAAUGGCAGAACGCUCUGGGAGAGGCCCGCUGCCGAGGAAGUGGAGUGGAUGGAGUGUGGCAUCAAGCAGCUCGGGGGGGCCAAGGCCCCGGGUUGUCUGGUCGUGGGGAAGCCAGUGUCUCUUACGGCAGUUGACCUGCAGACAGGGGAAGUUCAGUGGAGACAGUCCAGUGACUUUGGAGCUAAUUAUACUGUGCUGACUCCUGUGUCAGUGAUUCCAGAUGUGGAUAGUGACGGAGUUCAGGACCUGAUAAUCUUUAUUGCUACAGGAGAUAAGAUUAAGACCUUCAUCCAUUCAGGAAAAAAUGGCAAACAGAUCGGAUCCACUGGAAGCCUGAAUGUGGAUGGGAACGCUCGCUAUAUCAGGCUGAACCUGGACGACUCCUCCUACUUCCUUUUCUAUACAGAAAACGCUCUCUAUGCAUAUUCCCUGAAAGAUCUAUACAGUGCGGCAACUGGGGUGGAAAUUAAGCUUCCCAGCCUUGAGCAAGAUCCUCAGUGGGAGAAGAACAUUGACCGCACCACGCACCGCUUAUCCCUUCUCAGCUUUGGAGACAUCCGUUACCUGGCAAAAAUUCCUGGGCGAUCACGGGAGAACAUCUUGGUUAUAAACUCAGAGAUGGCUACACUGAUCGGUGCACAAAAUCUUCAGACUUUAUGGAGCCUCAAUGUGUCCCGCAUUGUGAGUGAGCCGCUGCUUGGUUACUACAAACCCGAUGUUCUUGGUAUUGUCCUUGAGAGUGAAAUUGGACCCAACAGGAAGAAGGUUAUGAUCGUUGAGAGUGGAUCUGGAGGAGUCCAGUGGGACCUGAAGUUGAACUCGAGAGCAGAGAGCCCAGGGCCAGCCACACUUUCUACUGCUGAUCACCGGUCCGCCUUCCUCAUCUGGGGUGAAUACCAGGCACCAGGAAACGAAACGGGAUCCAGAGCUCCUCUCCAGAAGCUGUAUCUUUUCCAUCCUUCCUACACUAACAUCUUGUUGGAGCUCCGCAAUAACACAGACCAAAUAAUUGCGUUCAACGCCACACUGUUUGAGCGGAGCCGUCAUGCCUGCUACGUGCUGUUGAGGGGGCCUCAACCCAGCGAGGAUCCAGGGUCAGUGUCUCUGAUGAAGCGUAAGCUGAAGGAGGAUGUCUCUGAGAGCAGGGUGAUCUGGCUGAGCCAGGUGGCUGGGGACACUGACCAGUACAUCCGAGACCGCCUCUACAGGAUGCGAUUCCACAGCCGAGUGUGAGCUUGCCGGGGGAGGGGGAGAGGCUGCCUGGGCUGCGUGGCGCCAAGCUGCCUCUCCUCUGCAGCCAUGCUCUUAGCAAACCCAGGUCGUGGAUUCACACGGGAAGCUGCCUUUCUUGAUCUGCAAACCAAAGGAUGGCUGGUGGGGAAGCGCCCCAGUGUCUGGGGGUGCCCAGGCUGUGGGGGCAGCUGCCAGUGCAUCUGUCCUCAGAGCUGAUGGAACUUCAGUGCUUGGCCACCACUGAAGUGUCGUCAGCUCGGGGAAGAGGGCUUUCCCCUCAGUCCUUCUGUGCCCACAGAACUGUGCUGACUCAGCCUGUGUCUGGAGGAAAACACGUGCUUACUGGGAAAGCCGGAGUUGAUUAUUUCUUGGGUGCUUGUGUGAGAAGUGGAGUUUCGAUGUGUGGUGUUAGAUUUGCUUUCUGAGUCAGCUCUCCUGGCUGUCGGAGAGGUGCUUGGCUGCAGGCUGGUUUGCGAUUGCCCUCCCCUGGAUUUGGGCCCCUGUUUUGGUGGCCGCAGGGUGUGUGUAGCGAUAGACCCAGCCAUGGCCAAUGAUGCGGUUAGGUGUCGCCUGGGCCAGCAGAGCACAGGUUAAAGUAUCACUCUACUUAGAAAAAGGCCUUUUCUCCUCAGAACAGCCCCAUGUGCCCUGCUCUGCAGUCAAAAGCCUGUGUCUGUCUCCUCUGCUGCUUCCUUUCCAGCCAGGCUGUGCAGCAUUGAUGACACAGAAAGGGAGCUGGUCUCCUACCUGAUUUAUGCAGCAGUGUUCCUCCCUGCCCCCAGUCUGUUUGUUAGGUGAUACGAAAACCACCCUGAGCCCAGGCUGGCUGGUCCCUGCCGGUACGGACACCACUUCUGCUGCUUUUGAGGUGCCAGAGAGGCUCUAGGGCAUUUUUUCAGAGUAGAAUUGCACUUUAACCUUUCCUGGGAACUUGGCUUGCUACUCCAGGGAGCCCUGUACCCGAGUGGCAAUGCCAGCUGCCCUGCAAAUACUCAUUCACCCUUGCAGCUGCUGAAGAGCCUUCUCCAAGCACUGUCCGCUCUGCCAGGACGUGGGCAGGCUGUAAAGAUGGCAUGAGCCGCGUGGGGAAACAGCACAGGUUCUCUUUGCAGCACAGUUCCACAGAGAGCUCUGUGCUGCCUCCCUGCCCUUGGAACUGAGGUGGUGCUGGUUGAGGAUCUUGGGGUGCUGUUCUCUCUGUCCAGCCUGGUAGCCCAAGGGAAUGGGACAGGUUGCUGUGUGAACAUCGUGUCUCCCCUGGAAAUGUCUGUAGCGCGGUGUGUUUGCUUUGCCUUGCUCCCGGUGGGUGCCAGUGUGGACUGUAGAAACAAGGUGCAAAGCCUGGAAAAAGGGUUGAAUUGGCUACUCGGUCCUGAAAGCUGCAGUCCCCUUACUAGCCACACCGACACACAAGUGUCAUAGCUGCUGGGUGUCCGUCUGGCUGGUGAGACAGAAAACACCCUAAAAAUAACCUCCCUCAAGUUUUGCAGUGCCGGAGGGGGUUUGGCCAGUGCAUCCCUCCCUUGCCUAGUCUCACAUCAGGGUGUGUGUAGAAAUACUGUAGGAGGAGAAACUUAAGCCAGGUUGUGUAGGGUCAGGCAUCGGUUAUUAUGUGGCAACCACUGAACUUCAACCUGCUGCAGGGCAGCUGCUGGCUCAGGCAGCUCGUGUCACCGAGGCUCGUGCCACAGCUUCAGCCCUCCCAGUCUUGCAGCAAAAUAAGCUGCAGCAUCAGUGGUCUGCCUGGUCGCUUGCUGCCUGCUCCCAGCUGGCCUGGUAGUUGCCUGAAGGGUGCCCUGACUCCCUCUGCCCCGUGAUGUGUACCUGGGCAGCCAGGGGAGCAGUGUAGGAUGAGUGCUGCUGGCCUCUGCGGAGCUGCGCUGCUGACGGAGCCCAGUCCUGGGGUGUCCUGGCUCUGCAGGAAGCCAGGGAUGUUCCUUCAAAGUCAUCGCUGGACUCAAAAUGGUGAGUUUGCCCCUUUGUCCCUCUUGCCCCAAGCUGUUUUCUGAGGGAGGCUAGGGGUGCAGGGAGGCUCCCCUGUCAUAUCCCCUAGCCUGGGUUGCCUCUUUGCUCAGCAGGAUAAAGACCUGAAGCCCAGCAGCCCCCCAGGUCCCCGCGCCAGUGUUGUGGCGCCGCAGGGAUGACGGGCUGCAGCAGCGCUGCAGAACCCGGGUUGCAAGGGCCAGGUUCAGGCUGCGCUUUAGCCGGCUGGGGUGGAGCUGGCUGCAUGGCGGAGGGAGCCCGAGGCUUGCGCGCUGCUGUGACCUGCAGGUUGGAUGUGGAUUGUAUCCCACCAAAACUCGCCUGGCAGGGAGCAAAGUGCCCGACUCGUAUUCUCACCACAGCCACACUCUUCGGCACUCCCUGCUCUGCUCCCUACCCAGACCUGACCUUUCCCAUAGGCACACUGAAUGUUCCUUCAGGAGAGCUGGAUUUUUGGCUUUGGGGGCUUUUCUGGCUUUAAGUUGUCCAUCAAUGUUUCCAGACACUUUGGAAACGCAGAUUUCCCUGUGGCAGCUCAAUUAAACGCAUCAGUGCCAAAACAGCACCUUCUUAACAAAACAAGUCUUUUUUCCAGCUUAUUUCCUUGUGUAAUUGUUUGGGGUUUUUUUGCAGUAUUUAAUGAAUGACUUUGUGCCUUGAUUCAAUAACUCAGAUGGGUGAUGAUGGCAUAUAUCACUGUGUUAUGUAUUAGUGUGUUUUUUAACACUAAAACUGUUUGGUUUAGUUCUUUAACUUAUUGCAAAUUGUGCCCUACAGGACUUGGUCUAACCAGAAUGGUUUCAAUAAAUCCUCUUUUGCAUUGUUUGUAAA